CUCGAGAGGGAGUAUAGAGAAAGGCCAUUUGCUUCUCUUCUUCCAUUUCCCUUCUUUCAAUUUUCUCUGUCAAAACAAAAUUUCGCUGCAAAAUCUUCUCAUUUGCAUCAUCGGUAGUCAUUAAUCCGUCCUUACCGAUCGAGCUUGCUGGUUUCUCUGUAUUCUGCGGCUAUUGCAGGGCGACAUUUGCCGGAUUUCUGGGGGUUGAGGAGCAGCUCCGUGACGGCAAGGUUCCUGAGUCCUUGUAAUCUGUUGCUCUUCGAUCUUUGAGCGGUUCCGAUGGAACAAGGUAACGGCGGGGAUUUCCCGCCGAAAAGGCUCCAAUUGGUUACAAUGGCGACACUAACGCCCACCUCUGAACCACCGAAGAAGCUCGCGAGGCAGCUGGAUUUCACGGUGUUUUCCAGUGCAUCGACAGGUAUAAUCUUGCCGGAGAACCCGCAAUCUCACCAGCCAUCGCAGCAAAAGCAGACAAUAACACUGCCAACACCUUCAAAUCCACCAGCUCCGCUACCAUCGCAAACGCAGCCGCCGCUGCAGGACAAUAACCUUCCGCCUCCGCCUCCUCCUCCCCCUCGACCUUCGUUGCCACUCGUAAAGCCGGAGUCUCCAAGAUCACGACCACGGCCUAACAUUGAGAUAAAAGAUGGUACACCAAAGAAACAGAAACAAUGUAAUUGCAAACACUCCAAAUGCUUGAAGUUGUACUGUGAGUGCUUUGCAUCUGGAAUUUACUGUGAUGGGUGUAACUGUGCAAACUGUUGUAAUAAUGUUGAGAAUGAAGCUGCCAGGCAGGAGGCUGUUGAAGUUACUUUGGAGCGUAACCCAAAUGCAUUCCGGCCAAAAAUUGCUAGCAGUCCACAUGGAACCCGAGAUAGUAGGGAGGAGGCAGGGGAGGUCCCAAUUGUGGUAAAGCACAACAAAGGAUGUCAUUGUAAGAAAUCAGGAUGCCUCAAGAAGUAUUGUGAAUGUUUCCAAGCUAACAUUCUCUGCUCUGAAAAUUGUAAAUGCAUGGACUGUAAAAACUUUGAAGGCAGCGAAGAGAGGCGGGCUCUAUUUCACGUGGACCAUGGGAAUGCCGUGGCCUACAUGCAGCAAGCAGCCAAUGCUGCAAUUACUGGGGCUAUAGGGUCCUCUGGCUUUGGGUCCCCUCCUGCAUCGAAGAAGCGAAAAAAUCAAGAUAUCUUAUUUGGGACAGCAACCAAAGAUCCACCUAUUCAUAGGCUUGUUACUUUCUCACAGGGGAAUAAUGUUAAAUCUUCUGUACCCUCAUGUUCCUUCCCUUCUGUUCCUGUUCCUCGUGCUUCUAACCCUGCAGUAAUGGGCUCUUCAAAAUUUACAUACAGGUCUCUGCUAGCUGAUAUUAUUCAACCUCAGGACGUGAAGGAGCUUUGUUCCCUUUUGGUUGUAGUUUCAGCAGAAGCUGCCAAGACACUUGCAGAUAACAGAGAUGUAACAAACUGUCAAGCAGGCAGAGAACUGAGAGAAGAUCAGAUGGAGAGUUCGCUUGCUUCUUCCACUCAAGAAAAGGAGGUUAGCCAGGAGGAACCCGACGUUGAGAAAGUUAUGUUUGAUGACCGUUCAAGUGGGAAUCAACCCGAGAAAAUGGGCACAGAUGAUUCUGGAUCGGAUGGUGCAGUUGCUCAGAAUGGAAGGCCUAUGUCCCCUGGGACACUUGCACUGAUGUGCGAUGAGCAAGAUACAAUGUUCAUGGCAGCUCCUUCCCCUAAUGGGACAAUGUGCCAUGGACGCAAAACAUCCUUGCGGUGGCCUUAUGGGCAGGACACAUCUGAGAUAUAUGUGGAACAGGAAAAGCUUGUCUUGACAGCAUUCCGGGAUUAUCUUCGGAAGAUAACCACUAAUGCACAAAUUAAAGAAACAAACUGUUCUUCGUUGACCAGAUCAAUCCAAACUGGGAGUCAACAUGAACCUGUUGCAAAUGGUAUUGUAAGGCCUUCUGUUCCAGUCAGUGCUGAAAUAUCUAAGACGUUAAGUGCAGGUGCUGCUGCUGCUACUAAUAACGGUCAGCUUCCGAAGGCUGGAGGCUCCAUUGAGAAUGUCGAUGUAAAGCCAAAGAUUGAAAAAGAGAUGUUGGGACCCGGGUAAGGUGCAAAGCCAUAUUGCCAUAUUUCUCUAAUACAUGGGCACUGGUUCAAUCAAUGCUGUCUUAAAUUAUAUGAAGAUGGGUCUCCUUUAGAUUUGAUCAUGAUUGAAGAAACAAUCAUCGUCAGAUUCUAUUUGGGUUCCUCAUUGUUAUAUUUUGAUGCAUAUCCCUUUGCCCCAUUUACAGGAAUGGUGCAUUAGUAGGCACUAUAGAAUUUUCAGUUUUUGUUUUCUAUGAAAUGCCAUUAAUUGUUUGUACAAAAUGCAAAUCCAUUAAAAUGGUUAAGGUAUAUAUCCCACUCUUGCUGUGUC